AAGUGAUAUACAAUACAAACACCAAUAAUAUUAGAUUAUUAUUUUGUCUCUCGUUUGAGGGAUCCAACCUUAUUUUGUGACUUUUGACUCACUACUACAUCGAUAUGGAGCUUGAUUGAGUUCACAAGUAUAAUGAGUCACAACUAAACUCUCAAAUUCUUUUUUCAUCUCAUUUUGUAAAGUUUAAUUUCCUCUGAUGGCUUCGUUCAAGAUGUUAUCUAUUUUCAUUUAUGUAUUGCUCAUAAAUAUUGGUGGUCUCCAUGCUUCACAUAAGAUAUUCCCAGAAUAUCAGUCACUCGACAUCGAACAUGUGGAUCCAACUUUUAAAACGGCUUACCAUUUUCAGCCUCAAAAACAUUGGAUUAAUGACCCAAAUGGCCCAAUGUAUUUCAAUGGAGUUUAUCACUUAUUUUACCAAUACAAUCCAUGGGGAGCAGUAUGGGGUAACAUAGUUUGGGCACAUUCAGUAUCAAAAGACAUGGUUAACUGGGAAUCUAUCGAACCAGCAAUAUUCCCAUCUGAAGAUUACGACAUAAAUGGUUGUUGGUCUGGAUCAGCUACUGUUCUUCCAACUAAUAAACCUGUAAUCAUGUACACAGGUAUUGACAAAACCAUAAGACAACUCCAAAACUAUGCCGUACCCAAAAAUCUUUCUGAUCCAUAUCUUAGAGAAUGGAUCAAACCAAAGAACAACCCAAUAGCAGUACCAGACAAGAGUGAAAACGCUAGUGCAUUUCGAGACCCAACAACUGCUUGGAAAGGCAGAGAUGGUCAUUGGAGAAUGGUUGUGGGUGGUAAAAGAAAUAUGAGAGGUAUGACACAUUUGUAUAGGAGUAAAGAUUUCAAGAAUUGGAUUAAAGCAAAACACCCUUUGCAUUCUGUACCAAAUACUGGUAUGUGGGAAUGUCCUGAUUUUUACCCUGUUUCAACUUCUGGUGCCAAAAAUGGUUUGGACACUUCUUCACUUGGUGAAAAUGUUAAACAUGUUCAUAAAGUUAGUCUUGAUAUUACUAGGUAUGAGUACUAUACUCUUGGUACUUAUCUUACUCAUAAAGAUAAGUAUGUACCUGAUAAUACCUCCAUUGAUGGAUGGGCUGGAUUAAGAUAUGAUUAUGGAAAUUUUUAUGCUUCAAAGUCAUUUUAUGAUCCUGUUAAACUGAGAAGGGUCAUGUGGGGUUGGGCUAAUGAGUCUGAUACUGAGGAUGAUGAUGUAGCUAAAGGAUGGUCUGGAGUUCAGUUGAUUCCAAGGACUGUUUGGCUUGAUCCUAAUGGAAAACAAUUAUUACAAUGGCCUAUUGAGGAAAUUGAAUCUUUAAGAGAUGAAAAGGUUGAAAUGAGCAAUUUGAAACUUGAAAAGGGAGAUUUUUCUGAAGUUAAAGGAGUUACAGCUGCACAAGCUGAUGUAGAUGUUGUCUUCUCAUUCCCAAGUUUGGAGAAAGCUGAGAAAUUUGACCCAAGUUGGGAUAAUGCAGAAAAUCUUUGUGGUCAAAAGGGAUCUCAUGUUGAAGGUGGUAUUGGGCCAUUUGGACUAUUGACAUUAGCUUCAGAAAAGUUAGAAGAAUAUACUCCUGUAUUCUUUAGAAUAUUUAAUGGUCCAGAAAAGAAUGUUGUUCUCAUGUGUUCUGAUGCCUCAAAGUCUUCAUUAUCACCAAACUUGUAUAAGCCAUCAUUUGCUGGAUUUGUUGAUGUGGAUUUGAAAGAUAAUAAGCUUUCUCUAAGAAGUUUGAUUGAUCAUUCUGUGAUCGAAAGUUUUGGAGAGAAAGGAAAAACAUGCAUCACUUCUAGAGUUUAUCCAAGUUUGGCUAUUGAUAAUAAUGCACAUUUGUUUGUGUUCAAUAAUGGAAGUGAGGUUGUGACUGUGGAAAAUCUUCAAGCAUGGAGUAUGAGACGACCUCAGUCAAUGAACUAAUUUAGAUUGAGCAAUAUUAGUUUCUUAGUUUUUUGUUUUAGGGUAUUUUUGUUUAGAUGUUUAUGUUUAGGAGUGUUUAGUUUCAUUUUAGACUUUUAUUUCUAGUUCUCUUUUGGAUUUUUUUUGGUUUUAAUUGAAUGAAUAAAAAACUCUAGAGUUUGGACACC